AGAAAUUCGCCAAGGCAUGGACAAAUCAUGUGAUGCACUUUGGAACAACAACAAGUAACAGGGCUGAGGGUGCACAUGCCAGUUUGAAGAAGAUGUUACGGGAUUGCAAGGGUGACCUGGCCACUUCAUGGGAUGCGUCGCAUAGUUUGACAUGUAAUCGACAUACUGAAAUAUUAGCAUCGUUUGAGCGCAGUAUUCACAGAAUUGAUCACAUUUUCAUGUUCCCAUUUUACACAAAUAUUAGAGGAUUUGUGUCAAACAAAUGCCUGCAGCUCAUCGACGAUGAACAUAUAAGAAUGAAGUCCUACGGCGGAUGCGAUUGCUUGUUGAGAGAGACUCAUGGACUACCUUGCGGUUGUGAACUUGCAGGUUAUGAAAGAAUUCCAUAUGAGUCAAUUCAUCCAUUCUGGAAGAGACUGAGUUGGGAGCAUGUACCUGAACCUGUUGCAGAUACUACCAGCAACCAUAUUUGCGGCAUGAACCAUGGAGAUAUGCAACCAGAAGUUGAGGCAUUGACACAUUAUUUCAGUUCUUUGGAUACUGGAGGGCAGAGUAUGGUAAGGAGGAAGCUUCAAGCGAUCUAUUGUCCUGAAAGCAGUUCACUUUGUACUCCUGCGGUUAAGAUAAGGUCCAAGCGCACUCUUAAGGCGAAUGAGAAAAUACCACCUAAGAAUAAAGCAAUAGGAUCCUUGACUCGUGAUCUUUCAGGUUUUGAACAUGUUGAUAGGGAGAUCAGAGAGGCAAAGAAGGUUUCACAACCACCAAAGAAGAAGAAGCGUGUGAAGAAGUCUGAUACAAGCUAUUUCAUGGGUCAUUUUCCAGCCUUUUUCCACCCAUAUAUACAAACAGUUCAGAAUGUUGAGGAUGAUGGUAACUGUGGCUAUAGAGUCGUUGCUGCAUUACUCGGACUACCAUCAGGUUCCAAGUGGUUUUCAUAUCCAUCUCCUCUACGGGUUGUUGGUCAUACCUUCCACUAA